CCUUCCUCUUGUCACACAUCGCUGUCUGUCAGAGCUGUGCCGUGAGGUCUUCGGAGGAGAGAGUAGAUAGUGUGUGAAGACUCAAGGGCGUUGAAGCCUUUCACAGCUGAUUGCAAUUUAGUCGACGAGUUUAUUUUUGAGAUAUGAGUCAGCGUAACACAAUAUUCAAGCUUACCAGCUAGUGGUGUGUGAUCUGGAGGGAGAGCAAAGGACAGCAGAGAAUAUGGAGCUGUCAGAUGGCUUGUUGCUGCAGGUCAACAAUGGAGAACAGUGGUGUAACCGCUGGAAGCAUCCCAAUGAUGACUCGGACCGCAGCACCAGCCCCUCAGUCCUGCGCUGUGUUACCAGCACGUGGAAGGAGGGCCUGCUGAACAGAAAGAGGCCCUUUGUGGGCCGCUGCUGUCACUCCUGCACACCACAGAGCUGGGAGAGGCUGUUCAACCCCAGUAUUCCAUCUCUGGGAUUACGAAACGUCAUCUACAUCAAUGAGACCCACACCAGACAGCGGGGCUGGUUGGCACGCAGGCUGAGUUAUGUGCUGUUUGUAAUGGAGAGAGACGUCAACAAGGACAUGUUCGCCCGGAACGUGGUGGACAAUGUGCUCAACAAUGGCAGAGUGGAGACGGCUAUUGUGAAGGUAGCCACAGAUUUGGAUGCUGCAGCCAGCCAGUCUGGCCAGGAGCACAAAGCUGUCAGUAAAGUGAAGCAGAAAGCCAGGGCCUUCCUCCAGGAGAUGGUGGCCAACAUUUCACCAGCCUUUAUCAGGAUGACAGGAUGGGUCCUCCUCAGGCUCUUUAAUGGUUUCUUCUGGAGCAUCCAGAUCCAUAAAGGUCAGCUGGAAAUGGUCAAGAAAGCUGCUACAGAGCAAAAUGUGCCCAUGGUCUUCCUCCCUGUUCACAAAUCCCACAUUGACUACCUGCUCAUCACCUUGAUCCUGUUCUGUCACAACAUCAAAGCCCCACACAUCGCUGCUGGAAACAACCUAAGCAUCCCUAUCCUCAGCACUCUGAUCCGUAAACUGGGAGGAUUCUUCAUACGACGGAAAAUGGAGGAGACAGGAGAUGGGAAGAAAGAUGUUUUGUACAGAUCACUCUUACAUGCAUACACAGAGGAGUUGUUGCGUCAGCAGCAAUUUUUGGAGGUCUACCUGGAGGGUACACGCUCCCGCAGCGGUAAGCCGUCUACAGCACGCGCAGGCAUGUUGUCCAUCGUGGUAGACACACUGUGCACUGGGUCCAUCGCAGAUGUCCUGGUGGUGCCAGUUGGCAUCUCCUACGACCGCAUUAUUGAGGGCAACUACAACAGUGAGCAGUUGGGCAAGCCCAAGAAGAAUGAGAGUUUGUGGGGAAUAGCAUGUGGAGUGUUCAGGAUGCUGAGGAAGAACUAUGGCUGUGUCCGAGUUGACUUCAACCAGCCCUUCUCCCUGAAGGAAUAUCUGGGCACUCAGAGAAGCCGCCAUAUUCCACCACCAGAGUCCCUCGAACACACCUUGAUGCCCACCAUUAUUUCUGCACAGCCUGAUGCUCAGCUGUUUGAGGGGCAGGAGGAGCAGAUGAACAGAGAGCUGCCUGAUGACAUCUUCAGGCGACAACUCAUUAACAACCUGGCCAAGCACGUCCUCUUCACGGCUAAUAAGUCAUCAGCGAUCAUGUCUACCCACAUUGUGGCCUGUCUGCUGCUGUACAGACACAGACAGGGGGUGGUGCUGUCAAAGCUGGUGGAAGACUUCUUCAACAUGAAGGAGGAGAUCCUCUCACGGGACUUUGACCUGGGCUUUUCGGGGAACUCAGAGGAUGUGGUCAUGCGUGCCCUCCACCUCCUGGGAAACUGUGUCAACGUGACCAGCAGUGCAAAUCGCAAUGGCGAGUUCACUAUCGCUCCCAGCCAAACUGUACCAGCGCUAUUCGAGCUCAACUUCUACAGCAAUGGCCUUUUCCAUGUCUUCAUUUCUGAUGCAAUCAUUGCCUGCAGCAUCCUGUCACUGCAGCGAGAGCUGGUCGUGGAAUCAGAGACCAAUCACCAGUCUGAUGUUCCCAGUAGCCUCCUUCUCAGUCAGGAAAGACUCAUCCGCAAAGCUGCCGGGCUCUCCCAUUUCCUUACCAAUGAGGUGGCGGUGGCACCUCCUUGCCAGACUAUUUACCAGGUUUUCCAUGAUGCAGUGACCCGGCUGAUCCAGUAUGGAGUUCUCUACGUAGCAGAGGAGGACCAAGAGGAACUGAGUCCCAGCCCCACAGACGAACCUUGGCCCAAAAAGUUCCCUGAGCCCCUGUCCUGGAGAAGUGAUGAGGAGGAUGAGGACAGUGACUUUGGAGAGGAACAGAGAGAUCGCUACCUGAAGGUGAGCGUUUCCGCAGAGCACCAGGAGUUCUUUGUCUUCCUUCAGCGGCUGCUCAGCCCAGUGCUGGAGGCCUACAGUGGGGCAGCGAUCUUCGUCCACAGUCUCAGUCAGCCCAUGGCUGAGUCCGACUACACCCAGAGGCUCUUCAGAUACCUGCUCACGCGCACCGAGAGAGGAGUUGCUGCUUAUGGUGAAAGUGCAACUCAUUACCUGGUUAAGAACACAGUGAGGACAUUCAAAGAGCUCGGGGUCCUAAAGGAGAGGAGAGAGAACAAGGUGACCACUCUGGAGCUGAGCAGCACCUUUCUACCUCAGGCCAAUCGGAACAAACUCCUGCAGUACAUCUUAGGUUUCACACUUCUGUGACCAAGACACCUUUCAGACCAGCUCAGACUCCAGGCUCCUUCCAAUAAAGGGCUUCUACUGGUUACUUCUAAACAAUCCCAGGUGCUACUCUGUGGAAAGCUUUACCAGGAAGUGCCUUCAUGUAAAAGCCGCUAACUGUUAGCUGUUAGCUGGAAGAGACUUGAAGCCAGUCUUCCCUUUUUUGUUCCAGUCUAUGACUCCCUGUCUUAGAACUGUGCAGCUGAUAAAACACAUGUAUCGUUGCUUUGAAGAGGUACUUCUAGGAAUCAUCUUCUCUUUGUGAACUUUACCAGUGACGUCAAGAGGUUUUAAUAUGAUCAAGAUUUUAAACGAUCAGAAAAUAUACCGAAGCAGGUUAGUAAAUGAGAAUCACUUUUACAGCAAUCCGAACAAAAGAAGCUGCCGUUCGUCUAUACAAGUUAACAAGCAAAAUAUGCAUAGAAAAUAAUGGUAAACAUAACCAACGACAAAGAUAUUUUUAUGUUAACUCUUUCUGCUUGUUUGUAAAACUGCAGUAUUCUCUCCAGUGCACACUGUUAUCGUACAGUAGAAAACAAAAUGUAGUUUGUGAACUUUCGAAAACAAAUUCCUGUACAUAGGCCACAAACGCAAAGUCUCUCAUUUGCAGUGCAUUUAAAUACAUGCACUCUGGUGUCAUCAAAUUUAAUAACAUAGAAAAAUUAAAUGAAAGAUUUGCUGACUGCUGGGAGAUACAGUGUCCCUGCUAAAUGCGUACAUAUCCAAAUUUUCAUUUACAAAAUAAUAUCUGUAAAAAUCUAAUCCUCCGUGCAAACAAGUUAAGGCCAGUUACUCUGCACAGUUACUGGUUUAAGAUAUCAAAACAAUAAGCAGCAAAGCAGUUCAGCUAUUCAAAAAUAUUUACUUCGCAAACACAAAACGUACCUGUUCAAAGUUUCGUUGAAGCCUAAACACGAGCAUCUACAGUUAAGUGCAUUCAAACCACUAACAUCUAAGUGCAUUCAGUUACACAUUUCAUCAUGCGUUUUGAUGAAGAGUGACUUUGAUCUUUGUGUUUGCGCAACACCAUUUUCACUUUUCAAUGAAUGUUACAUAGCACAGCACUUAAAAAUAUUUAAUACCAGCCAUCACAUCCACUUGCGUUCAAAUGCAACGAGCUCAGAAACUCUUUGGUCAUGCUUUUCAGGGACAGCAGAGGUUUGGGAUUACCACAAUUUUUCCCUGUAUAAUUUAGACAAUGUAUAAAGCCUUUUAUAGCACCAGUGCUGAGAGAGCAGUUUUGUUCUAAUGGUUGGGCAUUCGUCAGACAGAGGAAGUGCAUGGUCCACUAUGUAAUCCAUUUGAACAAUAGAUCAGGUGUGUGAAAGUUAGCUAUUAGUGAGAACAAGAUCGUCUGUCUGUCGUACUGUCAAGAAACUUUUUUAAAAAAAAAGGAGGAGGACAUUUUUCUCCUUUUGAGUUGUUUACUUUUAAAUACAGACUGCUGUGAGCAGCAGGAAAGGUUCAGAAAACAAAAAAUACUGUCAUCCUUAACUGUCAGGUUAACCUAUACUUUUUUUUUCACCGUUAAAAUAAUGUUUCACUUCAGUUUUCCAGCACGUUUGUCUUACUUUUUCAAAAUCAUAUUCUAAAAAUGUAGUUUAAACACACUUUAAACUACCUGUAAGUAGACCCCGAUCAUUUAAGGUUUUUGCUCUAAAAUGCAUGUCAAAAUAAAUAGUGUCAGGCAGGCUGGGAAUAGAAACUCUGGUAGCAGAACGUGUUGAGGAUGAAAAUUUAAAACUUAUCCAAACUACCAAAGUAAAACAUGAGUGGGGUUAAAAGCCGAUAGUGGAGCCUCACUGCACAGAAAGCCGUGCAUUUAGCUACAGAUGUUUUCAGUUUCAUUGUAAAAUAACUUAGUAACACAACAGGACUCUGGUCUUGUCUUAUGUGUUUAAUUCUAAAUCAUAAACAGAAAGGUUUAACGUCCUAUUUAAUGUAGGUGUAUGAUACACAGCUGAUGAAAAAAGAGGAAGGCGUGUGUUUGGAAAGGUCAGAGAAAGUCUGAUGAAACGAUUGGAGGGACCGCUAACCCAGUAUCUCAGAUUGAUGAUGUGAAGACAGUGUGAAUGUUAGAGCUUCACUUUCAUCAUCUGUCACGGCAAUAAAAUGAAAACGGGUAUCGGGUGUCUGACGGUAUAAAUGAAAAUGAAUAUUUAUACUGAAUGAGUUGGUGACAAUGGUCUACAACGCUGCUUGUUGAAAUUAAUUUAAAUGCUUUUUCUUACCAUACAUCUUUAUUUAAUAUCAAAACUUCGCAUAUUUUCAUGCAAUUUGUCAAAUCUAUAUGUGAAAUAACCCAUGAAUGGGAAAGGUAACUUGUUUGAGGAUUGGUAAAUGGCACCUAUAGCAUGUUGAGGAACAGAAAAGUAUGUUAUUGAAAUGGGAACGUGAGUCCAGAAACAUGUGUUCAUGCUGAAACUCAGCCGGAGCGUUUUGACAUUUAAAGCAUUUCUGAGCCCAUGAGAUCUGUUUUAAGUCCCCACACUGAGGGAGCCCUCCACCGGGACAAAACCACUAUAUGUACUGUACUGCAUGUUUUCUCUGAUCGCCUUUAAUCAUCGACUCUUCAAUGUGAACUCUGCUUAACCUGGGAAUUGUAUUUUACAGUCUAGUGUGUGAAUUAAUGUGGAAGAGAAAAAUAGUUGUUUGUGUAGGAGAUAAAAUUGUUACCUCUUGAAUGUAUCUCAUCUGUCCCACAAAAAGGUCAGUGUGAUAUUGUAGAAUACUCGAUAGAGUCGGUACAGAUAUGAUGUAGUUUUCAUGAACUGCUCGUGGGGGGGGUUGUUGAGACUCAUUGCUACUGAAGCUGCAUUAACAACAUCCCACUACAACUAUGUACAACUUCGUAGAAUAAAAAAAAAAAUACAUGCCUGUGUCUGGGGAGCAGGUGCCUUUUGAAUGCA